UCCGCCUACAGCUUCAUCGCAUCGUCUGAGCAGUACGCAAACCCUAAAAUCUGAGUGACAUUGAUCCUGAUGAGCGGAUGACAAUCACUUUUCUGGAUUCGAAGAGGUGUUAGAUGGAGUCUUCAACUCAGGAGGUUUCAAUGGAGGUCCAGCAACAAAAGAUUUUUGCUCUUCUUGAUUUUGUGAUGGAGUGUAAUAGGAAUCAUAGAUUAACUUCUAGUGUGUUGGAACCAGAGAACUACCAUGUUUCCAUGAUGAAGGAUGCAGUACUUGAUUCUGCAAUAAUACUUGACUCUCUUACUGUUUUAAGUCCUUCUGAAGAUGAGAAUGAGAUUGCCAAUGUUCCAAAGGAACAUGUUUCGGAUAGAUUGCCUAAGUUUCAUCCACCCCGAAAAGGUCUUUCAGCGGUUAGAAGCUUUCCUCCUGGGUGUGGAAGAGGUGCUCCCCCAGUUAGAAUUCAACAUGGCUCAAAAUUCUUGAAGAAUGAUGGUUCAAGAGGUGAAAACAGAGAUUGGAAUGUUGAAGCAUUAACCAAAGGUGCAAAGAAAUUAAGUGCUGCGAGUUUCUCUGGAGCCAAUCCAAUCACUCACAGGAAUGUGUCUGAAGACCAUAAAAUUUUGGAGGAUCCAAUGAGGAAGACACCUAGGAAUGAGGAUGGAAGUAUAGAGGGAAGGCUUUUUAGAGAGUUUGAUCAUGUGAAAUCCAAGCAGGGAGAACUUGCAACUGGCCCUGAACCUAUGGAAAAUAGGGUUGUGGUGCAGGGUUUGAAAGCAGCACCACAUUGCCCUUGGAGACAAAGCAAGAGGACGUUUAAAUCCAAUGCCAACCAACAGAACAGUUGACUCUGUGAUUUUAUACAUACAUCCACAGAAUAAGUUAUAUAGCAUACAAAGUUUUGGCAGCUCAUGUUUAAUGGUUUCAUUGUCAUUCAGGUUCCUAUGAUAAUUAGUAACAAGCUUACCAGAGA